AUGCGUGACUGUACCUGCCCAUUUUGCAUCGUGCUGGAUGCAUGCCUACAGCCAAGCACGGCCAGGUGCGAUUGGCAACAAAGGGAAAGAUUGGCGGCGAAAAUGGACGAGGCGAACUCGUACGAGGAGGAGCGCCGGAGGCAGAUCGAGCAGAACAAGCGCAAGCUGGACGAGCUGCGGGUGCACAGGCUCUCCGCCGCCGUCCGCCAGGCCGCCGCCAAGCCCAUGCCGGCCAAGCUGCUGAUGCCGCGGAAUCCGAGGCUGGACGCCCCGACCCGGCGGUCCGGUCGCAUCGCCAGCCUCCCGGAGCAGCCCGACUACCGCACCAGGAAGGCGAACGGCGAUGUAAAGACCGAAUCGCCCGAUCCAGUUCCAGCGUACGCGACCGACCAAGAGAGGGCCUACGCAGUCACCAGGGCCGAGCAGCUCAGGGGCCAGCUGGGCUCCGACUACCCAGCCUUCAUCAAGCCCAUGUCCCACAGCACCUCCACUAAAUCGAAUCAGCUGUAUAUCCCGAUGUACUUCACCCCGUAUCUCGCCGUGCAUGAUGAGAUGAUGGUUCUGGUGGAUGAGGUGAACAAUAAAGAGUUUGCCAUGCUCUGCCGUGUCUGGCGUCAGAAGCGCUACCUUAACGAGUGGAGAGCGUUUUCUGCUUACCACGAGCUGGCUGAUGGUGACUGCUUGGUGUUGCAGCUCAUAGAGAGGAGAAAAUUCAAGGUGAGGUUCAACCUGUUCUUCGCACAGCACGAGAUCUUAAUUAGAUGGGUGUUUUGA